AUGUCAGAAUUUGAUAUUGAUCAACUCAGCGCAUCAUCCACCGACAAUCUACGCUCAUCGAACGAGAUUAAAAUUGGAAAGCAUUUGACGCAAAAACCCAAAUUCUCCGAAUCUCAUAAUGAGUUGAGAUCGACAGGGACUUUGUUGAGUCUUUUGAUACCCGGGACGAGGAAGAUGUCCAACAUAAAACCGAUCUCUCUAAUCGUAUGA